CAGUGCGUCGAUCGCCGGUCCCCUGUGUCCCUCGGACACAGCGCAUCACGGAAAGAGCCGAAGAUGUCGGCUCAGUCAUGUGAUCAGCUGUGUCCAAUCACAGCUGAUCACAUGGCACUGAUGAUCAGUGUGCCCUGAUGAUCAGUGUGGCCCCAGAAGUGCCACCUGUCAGUGCUCAUCAGUGCCACGUACCAGUGCCCAUCAGUGCCACGUGCCAGUGCCCAUCAGUGCCACAUAUCAGUGCAUACCAGUGCACAUCAAUGCCACAUAUCAGUGCCCAUCUGAGCUGCCUUUCAAUGUCACCCAUCAGUGCCAGUCAGUGCCACCUAUCAACGCCAAUCAGU